AUGGUAAAGAUCGCAGAAUUUUAUUCAUCUGCUCAAGUCAUAUUCUUUAUAUUAUGCCCUUAAAAUCAAAUCAUAUAAAAAUUUUUUAGUUAAUUACCUUUGCUCUUAUUCUAGUAAAUGACUACGGCUGGAAUAGUUGCCAGUUUCUGCAGGGUACAGCCUGCUCAUUAUGUAUUAAGGCUUGGCUUGAAAACGGAAAAUUCAAUGGUUGGGUAAAAAAGGUGUUAAAUUCAGGGAACCACUGGUUGAAAACAGCUGAAGAAAAAAUGUAUUUCAGUUUUUGUGUGGGUGAAACAAUUGUUUUUCUGUAGGUCCUAAUCUGAGAUGAUUGUGGUCACAGAAAUUUGCUGAUACUUUUGUAACCCGCGGAUUUAUUAUGGUUUAACAAUUACUAAUUAUGCAACUACGGCAUUAAUGGGAUGCCUUGUACAGCUGAAAAUGUGUAUUCAUUUUAAUUCUGACAUGGUCCUAAAGCAUAACGAUGUUUUUAAAUUAUGACAUAGUUUCAUAUUACUUUGAGCGGCUUCUUUAAAAAGUUCCCUAGUUGCAGAAACGGUAUCCCGGCCAUGUUGGAACCCAGCUGGCAGGCCGAAUCGUAUCAAGACACACCAUUUAUUUUCACCUGAGCGCGGGAACGGCAGUGAUGCACCAAUGAUUUGACGUCAAAGUCUGGCUCUUUAAUAAGUUUCUCAGUCCGUUUCGUGUUUCCAUUCAUGCCCGCUACGAGCGUAAGAACAGCUGAACGUCGUAUAAUGACGCGACGCCGCGUUACGUGCGACUGUUUUACAGACUCCACCUCUGUAAUGUGAACGCGCCUUAAGCCGAAUUAGAAAAUCCUGGGUUAACAAAGCUUGUCGAUAUAACGACCCGGUGACAACGGUCAUCAUUCCUCGGGUUCCGUCUCCCGGGCAACUGUUUGACAACGUGACGCAUCCCGGAUCGAACCGUGGCGCCGACCCGGCUCGGUUUCGCAGCGUUUUUUCUGCAGCAGAUUACGAUUUGAUUACUAAAUCUAGCAUUGAAACAUCUCGGAUAAGUGCGCGCGCUCGCUCCGCCGCACAGGGGAGAGCAGUCGCACGUCGAGACGCGGAUUCACAAUGAUGAUGAUGAACGCAGACAGAGAUUACCAGAUGAAUAAAAAGCAGGAGAGGGCUCAUUUCUUCAGCUCCAAGGAGCAAGAACUUAUUUUGAAGUUGUAUGAAGAAGAGCGAGAGAUCUUAACAGCCAAAUCCAACACAACCAGCGCCUCCAAGCUGAGGGAGGAAGCCUGGCAGAGGAUUGCUGAUAAAAUAAAUGCGGUUUCAGACAGUGGCUACAAAAGAACAUGGCAGCAAGUGAAAGUCAAACACAAGAACAUCAUCCAAACAGCAAAAAGAAAAAGGGCCGAUGUGCUGAGGACCGAGGGCGGGUCGGGAAGCCCCUCUCUGACGUCAGCAGAGGAGGACGGGGUGCUGAGCAGAGAAAACACCAUGAGGGUGGAGGUCCUACCCGGAGGCGCCUGCAUCGGCCCCAUCGGCGGAUCCGACACCUCCUUUAUGAGUGUGUCAGGCCAUCCGGUCCUCCUCCUGCCCGUCACAAAGACGGAACCAGAGAGCCUGAGCGGCGAUGAGACGGACAUCAGCGAGGCUCAUUUUGACGGGGACGUGCAGAACAGCAGUUUUCAGGAGGUCGGCAGCCCAGCAGGGGCUACAAGCAGGACCAGACGUGCUGAGAAGCAGACUGAUGAACUAAGGGCCCUUUACUGCUGUUACCUCAAAAAGGAGAUCGAGAAUCGGGACCAGGAGAUGGCCUACAGAGCACUGAAGAUGAAGAAGCUGGAAAAGGAAAUCCUGCUGCUGGAUAAACAGCUGGUGUGACUGUGAGAAACAGAACUUUAGCACUAUAAUAGAUUUACUAUGUUAUUAUGAUUCAGUCUCAUCCAAGCAAUCUUAGCUGCUGAUUUUGGCCAGCAGGUGGCGCCCGAUAUCUCUAGUUCUCAUAGAGAAUGUGGAUCUCAAAAACCUUCACAAUUGUAGUCAGGUUUACAUACAAUAAGCUCAAUUUCACAUUUUUAUAGUGUUUGAAUGGUGAAUUUAACAGGUAUUAAAAUUCUUUUAAUUUAUUUAUUUUUUUUAGUUACUUACAGAUGAUCACUGUACUACUCAGACAAAGCAAAACCUUCUCGGCUUAACACCACGGUUAACAGUAAAUGUUAAAUGCCAGUGAAGUUUUACUCAUUAGCUAUAUGAUCUUCAGCAUCUACCUUGAAUCUCAACGAAUUAGAAUCUAAUUGAAAAAUGUAUUUAUUUCAGUAAAUCAGUUUCAAAAAAUGAAACCACAUAUUUUCCAGAUUUGCCAUUAACAGAGGGAAAUAUAUCAAGUAUUCAUUUCUGUUUGUUUUAUUGAUUAUGGUUCACAGCUCAUUUUAAACCAUAAUUCAGUUUUGACUUUUAUCUAAAAAAAAAGAAAAGAAAAAAGGAUGAACCAUUGGGCUACAGUCCAGUCAUUUCUGUCUUUAGUCGACAUAAGGCACCUAUGACAUAGCUUCUGGCUCCUUUUUAAACUCUGACACCUUGGGAAUCCUCCCUUCCCCCUACAUUUGCUAUAUUUUGUACAUCAUGUUUUCUUUCCACUCAAUUUUUCAUUAAUUUGCGUGGACAUUACUAUCCGAACAGCCAGCUUGCAACGUUUUAUUUAUCAUUUCUAAGUAAUAUUCUAAUUUAUUUAGAAACUAAAAGUGAGUAUUUCAUUAUCUGUAUGCCAUGAUUAUUAAAAGUAACAAAAACAAACGCUUAAAAUAUAUCACUCUGUUCGAGUUUCACUUUUAAAAUUGAACUGGUAAAUCAUUGAACUCUACGUUACUGAAAUGUACUUGCAGGUAUAAUCUUUCUGAACGAUUAUUGAAUCCUGCGUUCGGAGUCUGCAGUAACUGUAGAAGUGGGCUGCCAUAUCUGUAGUCAAGUAGACGGGUUUAUAGGAAUAUUGUGCAUUUGGAACCCUGCUUUAGGUUUUACUGUAUUUAUCCUACUGUAGUUUAGCUAAAAUAAAGGGAGUAGUGUCAUUAAUGACACAAUCAGAGCUAGAGUAGGCUUUUAGAGUCACAGAAGAUGCCACACUCAGACAUAUUUGUUAGUGUUGUCUCAGAGUCCUGGCAAAUUGUUUGAAAUAUUUAUAGAACAUAGUUCUGCUGUAAGUUGGAGAUCGAGUGUUUUUAUAGAGUUGAUCAAACUGAUCAAACUCCCACCUUCCCAAUGCUGCACUUUUUCAAUGACUUGAUUAACAUUCAUGACAUCUGACUGUUCAGUUGGGUAAUAGGAAACGCUAACGACAGCACAAAAUGUUACGGUGGAAACAUUAGAAUUUUUCUCACUGUUUUGAAAUUUUAGGAGACAAUAUUACAGGCCAAAAAUAAGUUAUGAAAUGCAUUAGCAUUUACUAUUUGGUUGCUGUUUACAAAGCGUGUUGUCCUCAGAUUACUUGACCUGUUUUAUUUUAAUUUCUUGUGCAGUGUGGACAUGUUGUAGUGACCUCACUAAUAUCUAGAAUUAUGUAAAAAGUGAGACAUUUGGGUUUAUUUUUGGUCUUUUUUAAACAUUGUCAUUCUACUGUAUUUUAAUGUUUAAUUCUUUCAUUUUUAUGCAAUCAUAUUCAAUAACACUGGAAUUCUUCAAACGUGCAUUCCGUCAUGUUCCAUUUAAAAGAAUAAUUUAUUUGUGUGUUUCUAAACUGCUGUAAGUACAUUUGUAUUUAUUUCUCCUUUUUUAUUUCAUGAUUUUUGUAUGCAGUUACUAAAACACUAGUUUGUCAUAAAAA